AUGACAACAAACGAACAUUUGGAAAUCGAAACAAUUACUCGAAAAUAUAAUUGUCAAAUUGAUAGAAUAGACGUUCAAACCAAAAAUGAAGUCAUUAAACUACCUAAAGCUAGGAGAACAUCUACAAUAAAAUCAACGUCAACAUUUAUUAUUCAACAAUCAAAUCGAUUUAUUGCUGCAUUAAAGAUGUUGAAAAGACUAUCGAUAUCAACUGGUGGUAUAGAAAUUCAUAAAACAACAGAUUUAACAGCACCACCAGUAGAUAUUACUAUUAUUUCGACGGUUACGGAUGCUGUUAAAGAACAAAUAAAACCUAAUUGCGACAAUUUUUACUGUGAAACAGAUACUGGUAGGAAUAUUCUAUUUAUUCCAUGGGUGCCCCCUUCAAUAAAACAUGAUAACGAUCAGACGGAAACCAUUCUUGAAGGGCCGAUAAAAGAAUUCGUUUCAUCUUUCUUAACACAGAUUGCAACUUUAUGUACGCCCGAUAUGAAAAGAAUUGCAGUUUCUACAACUGAAUGGGAAAAUUAUUCGAGCAGAAAACAAUUGGCCGAAACGAUCAUUCACGCAUUGAAAUUUCAACUUGAAACAGAUGAAUUUUCCAAUCGUGAUUGGACAAUUUUAUUCAUUUUUGAUGAAAAACAGUAUGACAUGUAUGAUCUAUUUACACAAGCCAUUUCAUCACUACAAACCGAGACGAAUGACUACGAGCAAUUCUAUUGCCCAAUAUCAACGAUUACAAUACAUUUGAAAACAUCACGAAAUUAUAAUAUUAUCAAAUGCCAAAAUGCGAUCAAUGACUAUCUUCGAAAACGCAUAAUUACAACUGUUGAAAUUGAUAAUGCAUUCGAUCCAGAAAUCUGGAAUCAUACACUUUAG